AUGGCAAGAGCAAAAUCGACAUUUGAUAUUAAAAAAACAUAUCUUCAUAUGAGUUGGCAUCUCUCAUCCCUCUCUCGCCUCUAUCGCUUCUAUCGCCUCGAUCUCUCCUUCAACCUCCUCUGUGGCCAGAUCCCUCUCUCCUUGAACCACUUACCCUAUCUCCUCACCCUCCGUCUCAACUCUAACAACCUCUCCGGCCCAAUCCCCGUCCUCUCCCUCCCCAAUCUACAAGACCUAAACCUCUCCUCAAAUUCCCUCACUAGUCCCAUUCCACCCUCACUCUCCUCCUUCCCACUGGCAUCAUUCACCGGAAAUCCCACCCUCCCCACCGGAUCCCCCACCACCACCACGAUCUCCUCAUCCCCAGGAUCCAAACUAGAUCAGGGCAUCCACCUCUUAGGAAUGAACCAUGCCACCCUGAUCGCUAUCAUCGCCAUGACCUAG